AUGUCCGACGACGAACGAUCGCCGCUGCUGGCGGAGGCGUCAUCGUCAUCAAAGAACAAGGGCGCAGAGCGCCAUUCUGGAGAGACAACGCCGCUUCUCUCCAGCACUGCUGAGACACCGAGAUAUGAUGGAGAGCAUGAUGACCCCAAUACUGCUGGGUCUAUCAGGUCGCGUCACAGCCAAACACCAUCGACACAUCCACCGAACGAACAGAAGUCGCGGAGAUGGCCAUCCGCCAUUGCCAUGGGCAUCCUCGGCCUUAUAGUGGUGGCAAUCAUUGCACUUGCUUUCAUUGUACCAGACGCUGUGCAGGAGUACGCACAACAGGCAGCAGUUCUGGAACCUACAAAUCUGUCUCUUGAUUCCAUCACCACCGACGGCGUUAAGGCAAGAAUACAGGCCAAAUUCAGACUUGAUGGCUCUCGUGUGCAGAACGACCAUGUGAGGAGGAUCGGCAUGGCUACUACAUGGAUUGCCAAUUCGAUAGGGACUGAGGAGACCAAAGUGGCAGUGUCAUUGCCCGAGUAUAACGAUGCUCUGUUGGGGACUGCAGUUGUACCGCCCUUGACUAUCAACCUGCGCGAAGGAUACACCACUGAUCUCGACUUCGUUACCGAGAUAUCUCCUGGUGAUGUAGAGGGAAUCCGCUCCAUCGCCAACGAGUGGCUCGAGGGCCGCCUAGACAGACUACGCCUCAAGGGUGCGACCGAUCUCACACUAAAGUCCGGAAUCAUACCCCUUGGAACUCACAACAUUGUCGAAUCCAUGGUUUUUGAAGCCAACAAGAUUCCUGCGAUGCCCGCAUACAAUAUCACCCGACUCAAUGUAAAGGAUGUUCCCUCGCCCGGUGACAAGAUAUCGAUGGUUGCAGAGGUAGCUCUCAGCGCCUACAAUGAGUACCCUGUCGAGCUAGAUGUCCCCGAGCUCGCGUUUGACAUUCUCGUGCCCGGCUGCGACGACGAUCAGUACAUUAUCGUUGCCGAUGCUGUGACAAGUGAAGUAUUCGUCAAACCCCGUGCUGAUGUGGAAGUCGAGGUGCAUGGCUUGAUUCGCGAGCUGCCAGAGUCACUCACGCAUGUGUGUCCAAACACAAAUUCUUCACCCCUGGAUCUGCUGCUCAAGCAGUACAUGCAUGGCGAGCCCGCAACCUUAUUUGUCCGCGGCAGCAGCCAACCCGAUGGCAGCACACCGCCCUGGAUUGCCGACAUACUGUCAAGUGUAACACUUCCAGUUCCAUUCCCGGGAAGAUCACUUGACGGUUUAUUGCGAAACUUUUCUCUCACUGAUGUGCAUUUCACGCUACCGGACCCAUGGGCAGAUGAGGGAGACCCCAAUGCGAAUCCCAAGGUCUCCGGCAACGUUCUUGUCACUGCUGGUCUUCCGGCAGAAAUGAACUUUGGUGUCAAUGUUACCCGAGUGAGGGCAGCUGCUGACGUGUUUUACAAGUCGAAGAAACUUGGAGAGCUGAACCUCAAGAAAUGGCAACACGCAAAUUCCACCAAAGUUGACGGAAAGAGCGGCGAGGAAGCAACACUGAAGAUCCAGUCACGCAUCAACGACGCACCUCUCAAUGUCACUGAUGCGGACGUGUUCAGCGAAGUUGUUCAAACGCUCAUGUUUGGCGGAAAACCUAUACAACUGGACAUUAAAGCUGCUGUCGAUGUCAAAGUGGUGACAGCUCUGGGCCAAUUGAUUAUCAAGGAUGUUCCGGCGGAGGGCAAAAUUCCAGUAAAACCCUUGUCUGGCGGCAAGGACUCGCUGGCACAGCUCGUGCCCAAAGUUAGGUCUCUGAAGAUACUCGAUACAUCGGCAACUUCCAUCACACUCCAGGCAUUGGUUAAUAUCACCAAUCCUACCCCAUAUACCGCAAGCGUCCCAUAUUUUGAUGUCCACGUCAUGAGUAAUAAUACUGUCCUUGGUCGUGCGACUGUCGAGCAUGUCGAUGUGGUUAAGGGAGUGAACUCUGAAAUAUUGGUCACUGCCAAGUGGGAACCUAGCGCAAGUGGCAGUCAUGGUCGACAUGUUGGACGGGAGCUUGUCUCUCAAUAUCUUUCUGGAUACAACACGACCAUUACUGUUAAGCCACACCGGAAAAGCAUCCCAGGUCAAGACAUUCUUUCCGAAAUACUCUCCAGGUUUAACGUUACUGUUCCCACGCCCAAGCUCGAUCUCCCAGGCGACACACCUGACGAAAGGUCUCACUUUAUCAGAGAUGCGACAUUCCACUUUUUAUCAUCAACAGCGACAUUUACACUCGUUUCACCACUACACUACAAUACUGUUUAUAUUGACUUUGUUAAUGCAACCGCGUUAUAUAACCAUACGGAAACAAUUGGAAAGAUUAUACAUGAGCUUCCUUUCCAGGCACCACCGGGCAAAUCGACGACCCCAAGGCUACCAGUGGAGUGGUCGGUUGGAUCCGUCGGAUACGAUGCGGUCAGGAAGGCGCUCGGAGGCAGGCUAAAGCUUGAUGCUCACGCCAUAGUUGAUAUCAGAUUGGGCAAUUGGAAGGAGGAGUUCUGGUAUCGAGGUCAAGGCAUUGGUGCCAGUGUGCAGCUUUGA